UUUUUUUUAUCCCUUUUGAAGAGACUCCACAAUCCCUUCAAGCUGGGAAGACUAUCUUCACUUGCGGCCAUGGGGGUCUCUCUCCGCCACUUUUCUCCCUCUUCUUUCUGGGUCUCGGGCCGUCCUCGCGCUUCUUCUUCCGUUCUUUCGUUACUCGUUCCUCGCCAUAGAAUCCUUACCAGAAAAGUAGUUAUCACAAAUGGAAAUGCUAGAUAUUGCAGUGCUUCAGCUUCUGGUGGUUCCCAUGGGUUUCAGCAUUCAGGUCGUCAAGGGUCUUCUUCUACUGUUGAGUUUAGCGGAGAGUGGAAACUUAGUGUUGGAUCUAAGACUGCCAUAAUGGUUCCACCAACUGUGAAACUAACCGGUGCUGUAAGUGCUUGGAGAAAAGGGGAAGUCAAUCAGGAUGAUGCUUCUGGUAACGGCAGUAACUAUUUCAGAAGCUUCGUCCCAAAGAUAGAUUAUGGAAACUACCAGACCUUGGAUAACCAGCUAGAAUCCAGAGGUGACGUUGUUACCACGGUUGAUAGAGAGUUGAAUGGCUUUGCGCAACAGAAGAGUCAAAGAGGACCUCUCGUAGCGUUGCCAAGGGAGAAGAUAGAUGACAAGAAUACGGUAUCCAUUUCCAAAGUGGGAAAACGGACCGACCUGUCCAAAGUCCGUGCGAACCUUACAAAAAUAUAUAAUAAGGUUCGUGUUGUGGAUAGUGUGUCUACCGCAAAGGAAAUUGUGACUAAGCUCGUGAAUCAAUAUAGGGAUCUCGUCCAUGCGUGCGAUACAGAGGUGUCGAGGAUUGAUGUGAAGAGUGAAACACCUGUGGACCAUGGCGAGCUUAUAUGUUUCAGUAUAUAUUGUGGAUCAGAAGCUGACUUUGGAGAUGGAAAGUCAUGUAUAUGGGUGGAUGUUCUUGGCGAAAAUGGCAAGGAUGUCUUGGCUGAGUUUAAGCCAUUUUUCGAAGACUCAUCCAUAAAAAAAGUAUGGCAUAACUACAGCUUUGAUAACCACAUUAUAAGAAAUUACGGAAUCAACCUUUCUGGUUUUCAUGGUGAUACAAUGCACAUGGCACGAUUGUGGGAUUCGUCUAGACAGACAUCGGGUGGUUAUUCGCUGGAAGCACUCACAAGUGACCCAAGAGUUCUUGGGGGAACUGAUACAAAGGAGGAAGCAGAACUAUUCGGUAAAGUAUCAAUGAAGACGAUCUUCGGCAAGGGGAAACUGAAGAAAGAUGGAACCGAGGGGAAAGUGGUGGUCAUCCCACCUGUUGAAGAGCUGCAAAAGGAUGAUCGAGAAGCUUGGAUUUCGUACUCUGCACUGGAUUCCAUAAGCACACUAAAGCUUUACGAGAGCAUGAAGAAACAACUGCAAGCGAAGAAAUGGUUUCUUGAUGGGAAGCUGGUUUCGGGAAAGAACAUGUUUGACUUUUACCAAGAGUUUUGGCAACCUUUCGGUGAGCUUCUUGCUAAAAUGGAAGCGGAGGGGAUGCUAAUAGAUAGGGAGUAUCUUGCGCAGAUUGAGGUUGUAGCCAAGGCAGAACAGGAAGUUGCUGUUUCUAGGUUCCGGAGUUGGGCCUCGAAGCAUUGUCCUGAUGCAAAGCAUAUGAAUGUUGGCAGUGAUACGCAAUUGAGACAGCUCUUUUUCGGUGGCAUUUCUAACAGUUGUAGUGGUGAGGAUCUUCCAUAUGAAAAGCUGUUCAAAGUCCCCAAUGUUGAUAACGUGAUUGAAGAAGGCAAAAAAAGAGCCACAAAGUUCCGGAACAUCAAACUGCAUAGGAUUAGUGACAAUCCUCUGCCUACUGAAAAGUUCACCGCCUCAGGGUGGCCUUCUGUUAGUGGAGCUACUUUGAAAGCCUUAGCUGGGAAAGUCUCUGCAGCUUACGACUUUACAGAGGUCGCUGCAGAUGAUAAUUCUCUAGAAGAAAACAUGGGAGGAGAUGAGGAGUUUAUGUCGCUACCAGAUGAAAUUUUGGAAACGGAGAACUCAGAUACAUCUGCUUUUGGAACAGCGUUUGAUGCGUUUGGUGGGGGUGAAAGUGGAAAAGAGGCUUGCCAUGCAAUUGCUUCAUUAUGCGAAGUUUGCUCCAUUGAUUCUUUAAUAUCAAAUUUUAUUCUUCCUCUGCAGGGAAGUAAUGUGUCAGGCAAAGAUGGUCGUGUCCACUGCUCCCUGAAUAUCAACACUGAAACUGGGAGGUUGUCAGCUAGAAGGCCAAAUUUGCAGAACCAACCUGCGUUGGAGAAAGAUCGGUACAAGAUCCGUCAGGCCUUUAUAGCAUCUCCUGGAAAUUCUCUUAUUGUUGCUGACUAUGGGCAGCUGGAACUUAGGAUUCUGGCACAUCUUGCUCGCUGCAAAAGCAUGAUGGAAGCUUUCGUGGCCGGUGGUGACUUCCACUCGAGAACUGCCAUGAAUAUGUAUCCACAUAUUCGUGAAGCUGUCGAAAAUGGUCAAGUGCUCCUUGAAUGGCAUCCCCAACCUGGACAGGAGAAGCCACCAGUGCCAUUAUUAAAGGACGCCUUUGCUUCUGAGAGAAGAAAAGCUAAGAUGCUCAACUUUUCGAUUGCGUAUGGGAAGACUGCUAUUGGGCUUUCUAGAGACUGGAAGGUUUCGGUAGAAGAAGCUCAAGAGACGGUUAAUCUCUGGUAUAAUGACAGACAAGAAGUCCGGAAAUGGCAAGAACUACGCAAGAAAGAAGCUAUACAAAAUGGGUAUGUGCUGACUUUGUUGGGAAGGGCUCGUAAGUUCCCUGCGUACCGUUCACGUGCCCAAAAGAACCAUAUCGAACGAGCAGCAAUCAACACUCCUGUUCAGGGAAGUGCGGCUGAUGUUGCUAUGUGCGCUAUGCUGGAGAUAACAACAAAUGAACGUUUAAACGAGCUUGGUUGGAAGCUGCUUCUACAAGUUCAUGAUGAAGUAAUCUUGGAAGGACCAAGUGAAUCAGCCGAGUUAGCUAAAUCCAUAGUUGUGGACUGCAUGUGUAAACCUUUCAACGGCAAGAACAUUCUCUCAGUCGAUUUGUCUGUUGAUGCCAAGUGUGCUCAGAACUGGUAUGCUGCUAAGUAAGAUGAAUGGAGCCACGCUAUUCUUUUCUUCUCGGCUAACUGAAAGCUUAACUACGAGGCGUUGCUCUAGGUUUGUUUUUUGUUUAGCUCAUCAGCUUUGUAAAAAAUAUGUUCAUAUGCGGGAAAAAAACAAACGCUCACUUUGCUUAUCACAAUGAAAUCUAACUGUAUUGAAACAACUUUGUUAAGACGCAUGGCUUGUGUAAGUAAAUGUUAGGCUUUUGACAA